GCGGCGCUCUCGGUCUUGGCACGCUCUUCAAGAUCGGCCGUCACCUCAUCCCGCACAGUAGUGGCAACAGCAACAGCAAUGGCAACAACGGUCAGAAACAGAAGCACCGUCGCGAGCUGGAAGAGCUCUUUUCUCGCCCCUGCACAGGGCAGCGGUGCUCUUGGUCUUGGCCUCCUUUUCAGAAUCGGCCGUCAUUUCAUCCCGCACAGCAGUAACAACAACAAACACCGCCGUGACCUUGAGGAGGUGGAUCUGUGGGAGCGAGAUGUGCCCGAGGAGAGUCUCUGGGAGCGUGAGCUUCCCGAAGAGGAGUUUUGGGCUCGGGAUGUUCCUGAGCAGGAGUUCUGGGAGCGUGAUGUGCCCGAGCAGGAACUUUGGGAACGCGAGGUUCCGGCUGCGGCGGAGGGCAGCGGUGCUCUUGGCUUUGGUCUUGUGAAGGAUGUUCUCAAGGCUGGCUCCCACCUUUUUGGGUAAGCAUCCAGUUCGCCCACCGUGCUGUGCCAUCUCUAACGCCACGGUUAUGAAUAUAGCCACAGUGGCGGCAGCAGCGGCAGUAACAACCAGAACAACCAGAAGCAACGUCGCUCUGACGAGUUCGACGACCUCUUUGCUCGGGACUACGAGUACACCUACGAGUGGGAGUAAGCGGUAUCGCUGUGAAGGUUGAGAUGUGGGCCAGGAAGU